AUGGGACCCAGUACCAUUUUGUCGAAGGAAGAAGAAAAUAUUCUAGAAGAUUGGACAAUAGAUAUGUCAAAUAAACAUAUUCCAAUAGCCAAAGACGAAUUAUUAGAUAGUGUUCAACGUGUAAUAAUCGACAAAAAGCAGGAGACUCCUUUCACUAAUAAUAGACCAGGCAAAAAAUGGUAUUCCUCGUUUAUGAAACGACACCCUACGAUUGCUGAACGUACUGCUCAAAAGUUAUGCACGGCAAGGGAUAAUGUUACUCAAGAUGACAUUGAGAAAUGGUUUUCGGAAGUUGAAACUGAUUUGAAAGAAAGAGGACUAAUUGGAAUACUGAAAAAUCCUCAAAGGAUUUUCAAUACCGACGAGAGCGCGUUUUUUUUUAAUCCAAAAUUAGGACGUGUCCUUGCUAAAAAGGGCGAUAAAAAUGUAUAUUCUUCUUCAGGCGAUGAUAAAGAAAAUUUAACAGUUUUGGUUACUGGAAAUGCAGCAGUAGAGCUCGCACCUACUCUGGUUGUUUUUAAUUAUGCAAAGAUACCAUCAUCAAUUUCAAAAACUUUUCCUGAUGAUUGGGCUAUUGGUCGUUCAGAAAGCGGAUGGAUGUGCUCAGGAACAUUCUUCGAAUAUAUGACGAAUGUGUUCAAUCCUUGGCUGACUAACAAAAAAUAUUGA